AUGCCUCUCGAGGACUCAGACAUCGACGUAUGCCCGCCAGGCCAGCGAGACCUCUAUGAACUAGUUGCAAAGUCAGAUCUUCACGGCCAAGUGGAGAACACCUUCCUACACCUACCUGCAAACCACCCCGAACGGUUGGUAUCAUCUCCAGCGGUUCAAGAUAAGACCACGGAGACCUCGCCUGAGGUAGACGAGGAACCCGGUAGACAUGAGAGAGCCAGUACCGACCCUCCGCCAUCCAGCAUAUCACCCAAGGCUGCCGCGAGUCUCCGCCACCGUCAAGAGACACAAGCUGUUUUAGAACAUCAUGUUCGGCACUCACAGCUAGUGGGAAGAGUUCUAGAAGUCUUCCACAAGUCUAUUCAUGCUAGAGAAAUGGAUGAUCAGACAAUUUUGUUCCUGAAGGCGGAUGUGACGGCCUAUGGCAACGAUCUCACAGAGCCGCGCUUCACCCCAGCCUUACAAGACAUACCACAGCUAACUCCGGACCCCACCGUCUUUCCCUUCGUCAAGUUCCGUGACGCAUUACAGACUAGCAUAAAUGCUGCCUACGCGAUACUCCGCAUCAUUGAGCAGUAUUCAGAAUUGGGGGGUCCUUUGUUUUGGCCUGGAUACAUGUCAGCUGUGUGGAUGAGUGGUCUAGUGCUGGCUCUAGCAGCGCGACUCAAAGUUUGCAAUGUUGAGAAAGCUAUAUCAGGAAUCGAAUCUUCGCUGCAACUGUUAAACAAGUUGACAAAACGAUGGGCAAUGGCUCGACACUGCAGAGAAGUCCUAUCUGUCCUGCUUCAGGGUAUCACACAGGGACCUAAAACACAUAAGAGAGUCCGAAAAGAUACCACUGAGGGCUCAGAUCAUGAGGAUGGUCAAGAUGUCACACAAAAGUCUGCCAAGCGAAGCAAGAAGAGGAUAAGAGGCACUAAUGCGUCUGGGCGACAAGAUCAGCCCAUAAAUCUCGGUACAAUGUCUCCGCGACGGCAACUACCAAUAUCAAACACCAACCAUAACACUCGAAGCCCGAUUCCAGCCCAACGGCUAAGAGAUAGCAAUCCCGUUCCAAGGGUCUAUGAAAGCCAAAGACAGAAUCAUUUCAACUUCGAGACAUCCGACUUCAACCCAAACAGCCCCCGGCCAAACCAGAGUCAGACUCGUCCAACCGAUGCCAGCCAGCUUUUCUCGCCGGCUGACUUCAAUUUUCAAAACAACACCUCAUCUAUGAGUUCCUAUUUUGCUCCCAUACCCACAACAUUUCCGGAUCGCAACAGAAACCCAUCCAAUCAGGUCAUGGAAAGACAGUUUGGAGUCACUGACAACUUUUUCGACAUGUUCGAUGGAGCUACAUGGGGUUCACUGCUGGACAUUGUGAACGAUGCAGGUGCAGAAGCACAAUAUCCAUACUAA